UUCAAAAGAGGAAGAGGUGCGAGAAACCAUGUGACAUGUUUUCAUAAAUAUGUACCAGGAAAGCACGGCCACAGUAGAUCCGAGGCAGAAUCAACGAUGAGUCCGACCGGGAAAGGCCUGAUGUUGGGGAGCCUGCUGCUCAUCUCCCUGUGCACAGGGGCUGCAGCCACGUUUGACAGCAGAUUGGAUAACCACUGGGAGCUGUGGAAAAAGACACACGAGAAGAACUACCAAAACGAGGCAGAGGAUGCCCGUCGCAGGGAUCUGUGGGAACAGAACUUGAUGCUUAUUACCCAGCACAACCUGGAGGCCUCCAUGGGGUUUCAUACCUACGAUCUGAGCAUGAACUUCAUGGGAGACUUGACACAAGAGGAGGUCGUGCAGUAUUUUUCCACACUCACUCCCCCCACCCACGUCCAGAGGGCGCCAUCUCCCUUUGCAGAGACAUCAGGAGCUACAUUACCAGACACUGUGGACUGGAGACAGAAGGGCUGUGUCACAAAAGUCAAGAUGCAGGGUUCUUGUGGCUCUUGCUGGGCCUUCAGUGCUGCUGGGGCCCUGGAGGGACAGCUAGCCAAGAACACAGGAAAACUGGUGGAUCUCAGUCCCCAGAAUCUGGUGGACUGUUCUGGCAAAUAUGGCAACAAAGGCUGUAACGGAGGCUUCAUGGACAAAGCCUUCCAAUACGUCAUCGACAACCAGGGCAUUGACUCCGAAGUCGGAUACCCCUAUACGGGACUGACACAACCCUGCCGCUACAGCCCUGCAUACCGUGCCGCCAACUGCUCAGCCUACCACUUUCUGCCUGAAGGUGACGAGGAGGCCCUGAAGCAGGCACUGGCGACUAUUGGACCCAUUUCAGUGGCAAUUGAUGCCACACGGCCAAGAUUUAUUUUCUACAGAAGUGGUGUGUAUGAUGACCCGUCAUGCAGCAAGCAAGUGAACCAUGGCGUUUUAGCUGUGGGCUAUGGCACACUGAAUGGACAAGACUACUGGCUGGUAAAGAACAGUUGGGGAACUACUUUUGGAGAUCAGGGCUACAUCCGGAUGGCACGCAACAAGCACGACCAGUGCGGCAUCGCUCUCUAUGGCAUCUAUCCUGUCUUGUAGCUUCUGACUUUAGCUUCAGAAUAAACUAAAGUGAAUCUGUUGAUCAAAAGUAAUAAUAACAGAUCAUUUAUUUUCAUGUACUACAACUCUUUAAAACAUUUUUUUUACAACCUUUUUGUAAAAAUAUAAUGGAUAAUUAGUUUCUUUGCAUGUAAUCACUGACAUUGUUCCACAAACUUAUAGGUCAGUACUUGAUGCCUGAUUGUGUGGGUGUGUGUAUGUUUGAAUCUGUAAUAAAGAGACGUCAGUUUACCA